AGGCUUAUUAUUUAGAUCAGUUUUAAACAACAGUGCUCUUAUCACAGACGACUUUAGAAAAUGUCUCUGAACGAUUGUUUAGGGAACUUCUGUUCACUUUUUGUGUUUUUGCUUGUAAUACAUUCGAUUCGGUCGGUAUGGUGCUGUGAUCAACCUUUGAAUUGUCUUAAAGCAUCUUCCAAUAUUGCUCGAUAUGAUCAUUAUCGCGUUUAUCAUGUGGAACUGGCUACGGAACAACACGUUGUUUUAUUUCAACAACUGGAGGAAAAGAGUGACAGUUGCACAUUUUAUGGACACGCACGGCACCCGAAACAGAAGUUAACUAUCAUGGUGGCUGCACAUAAAGUAGCUGAUUUUGCUGAUUUACUCCAAACUUACGAUGUUAAAUAUGAGGUGUUGAGUUAUAAUUUUCAAGAAAUUAUUGAUCGAAACCUCCAAGAAGUUCUUCCGAAGGAUAUUGAUCCGAAAAGUAUGGACUGGAAACAUUACUAUCAUCUUGAAACUAUAUAUUCAUGGAUGAAUUCCUUGGUUAAUGAACAUCCCAACGAUUUGACAAUUAUAAAUAUGGGAGAAAGCGCCCAGGGUCUGCCGAUUAAAGGUCUCAGUCUCAAGAAAAAUAAAAAUAACACGGCUGCCACAAUUUUUGUUGAAAGUGGUAUUCAUGCCCGAGAGUGGAUAGCACCUGCAACAGCAAAUUAUAUCAUCAAAGAGCUAAUUUCUUCAAAUGACACGGAAGUUCAGAGAUUUGCAGAAAACUAUAAUUGGAUUAUUUUUCCUGUCGUCAAUCCAGAUGGUUAUAAGUAUUCAUUCGAAGGAGAUCGGAUGUGGCGUAAAAAUCGCGAACUCUUUGGAAUUUGUCGUGGUGUAGACUUGAAUAGAAAUUUCCCAUUUCAUUGGAAUACUACAGGCUCUAGUGGUGAUCCUUGUCGCUAUGAUUAUUCAGGUCCUUCUGCUGCUAGUGAAAUGGAAACCAAACAACUAAUUAAAUAUCUUCAAGAAAAUUUGGUAGUUAACAAUAUAAAAACUUUUAUUGCGUUACAUUCCUAUUCACAAAUGAUAAUGUUCCCUUAUGGACAUACAGCGGAUCACGUAGAAAACUAUGAUGAUCUCUCAGCGAUUGGAAGAAAAGCUAGUGAAAAGAUAAAACAAGUGUCCGGACGCAUUUACAAAAGUGGUAGUAUUUAUGAAAUCAUAUAUCCAUCGAGUGGUGGUUCAAAAGACUGGGCCCAUGGUGAACUGAAAAUCCCCAUAACUUUUUCAUUUGAAUUGCGUGGACCGCCCGACAGUAAAGAUUUAUUUAUUCUUCCCGCUGUAGAAAUUGAACCUACUGCACAGGAGGCAUUCGCAGCUAUUAUGACGAUAAUAGAAGAGUCUGAAUCAAGAGGAUAUUAUUCGUAAAAUUAUAGCACACAAAUAUUUCAUUAUUCAUAGUUUUAUUGAAAUCAAAUUUUAUAAGUUAGCGAUUGAUACCCUAUAUCUAAAUGUAUGUUCACUUAAAUGCAAUAAAUAUAUUUUGAUUUUUCGAUCAUUAA